AUGGCGACUGCUAUACAAAGGUUUUUCCUUUCGGAUAAACCGCCCUAUUCCCACAUUGCUGAUCUAGAGAGAAGUUUUAAUCCCAAGGUAACCUUCAAGAAGGUGUCAAACUACAAGCUUAAGGCAAGCGACUAUAUCCAUUUUGGGUUCCUGGGGUCCGUUUUUUUAUUUGUGUUAUACGCAAAUCCUGCUCCGCUUUUUUACAAGCUUUUAUUUUAUGCUCUUUUAUGUGUGUUAUUCAUCAUUCCAGUCACAUCCCAAUUUUUUUUUAAUGCAUUACCGAUUUGGGCGUGGUUAGCGCUUUAUUUCACUUCCUCUUACAUUCCAGCGACACAUAGACCAAAAAUUACAGUCAAGGUUUUACCAGCUGUUGAGACUGUUCUCUAUGGUGAUAACUUGAGUGAAUUACUAGCAGCCUCAACUAAUAUCUACCUCGAUAUAUUAGCCUGGAUCCCCUACGGGUUGUUCCAUUUUGGUGCACCGUUUGUCGUGGCCAUAAUACUGUUCCUUUUUGGCCCUCCAACAGUAUUGAGGGGGUAUGCAUUUGCAUUUGGUUACAUGAAUCUCUUAGGUGUUAUAAUUCAAAAUUUGUUUCCAGCCGCUCCCCCUUGGUAUAAGAUUCUGUAUGGGCUGAAAACAGCAUAUUAUGGUAUGCAUGGUUCUCCCGGUGGCUUAAAAAGAAUUGAUAAAUUAUUAGGUAUUGACCUUUACACAAGUGGUUUUGAAAACUCUUCUGUUAUAUUUGGGGCUUUCCCAUCCCUGCAUUCGGGUUGCUCGACAAUGGAAGCUUUAUUUUUUUCCUAUUGCUUUCCAAAAUUGAAACCUCUUUUCAUUGUUUAUGUUUGUUGGCUCUGGUGGUCAACGAUGUACUUAACUCAUCAUUAUUUUGUUGAUUUAGUUGCUGGUUCCGUUCUUUCUUACGUUUUUUUCCAAUAUACACGGUUAUACCAUCUGCCUUCUGAUACAAGUUUAUUCUCUAGAUGGUCGUAUUCUACCAUCGAGAAAUAUGACAUGAAUAAAAUGAAUCCAUUACUUUCGGAAUCAAACGAUAUAGAAAACGUUCCUUUAUCAAAUCUGGAGACAGAUUUUGAGCUAAAUUCGAUGGGGGAGAGAAGUACAAGUCCUUCAAUCUUUGAUGGUGCUACUUCAACCUCGAGAUCAUCCGCCACCUCCAACACCUCGUUAGGUGAAUUUCAAAAUGAGUACGUUGGUGCAUCACCCCGCGUAACAAGUAAACUAAGAUUUGAUUGA